CAGCCGAGCAGCGUGCGUUCCUCCGGGCUGACGGAGGCAGCUGGUCCUGCCCUGGUGCAGAGGGAGCGGAGCGGAGCGGCCGCAGCCUCGGACCUUGUCGGGGGUCGGGAUGGCGUCACUCGGCGUGGGGCUGCAUCUCAUCCGCAAGCGGGGAGCGGGCAGGAGCGCCACGGUGGAGAGGAGGAACCUGCUCACGGUGUGCAGGUUUUCAGUGAAGACUCUGCUGGACCGCUCCUGCUUUGAGACAAUAGAUGACUCAUCUCCAGAGUUUGUCAACUUUGUUUCCAUCCUAGAGCACAUCCUCAGUCAUCGACUCAAAGGUCAGACAACUUGGUUUGGCUAUGAGAGUCCUCGGAGUUUCUGGGAUUACAUAAAAACUGCCUGCAGUAAAGUCCCUCAUAACUGCAUCCGAAGCAUUGAGAGCAUGGAGAAUGUGCGCUCAUCCAGAGCUAAAGGCAGGGCGUGGAUCAGAGUGGUCCUGAUGGAGAAAAGAUUAUCAGAAUACAUCUCAUCUGCACUGAGGGAUUUCAAAACAACCAGGAGGUUUUACGAGGACGGAGCGAUCAUGCUGGGCGAGGAGGCGGGGCUGUUAGCAGACACACUCAUUGGACUCAACACCAUUGACUUCAGCUUCUGUCUGAAAGGAGAGGGUGUGGACGGCAGCUGCCCGGCCGUGAUCGACUACACUCCUUACCUGAAGUUUACUCAGAGUGCGGACAGCAUCAGCAGUGACGAGGAGGAGAUGAGGACUAUGGGGAGCAGCGGCAGCGAGGGCAGCACCCCCGAUAAAAUGGCCACUGCCGCCUCCAUCUUCACCGAGCAGAGCAACUUGGUCAGCAAGUGCAAGCGCUUUGAGCAGAAGUAUCGCAUGGCGCUGGAGCAGAAGGGUUACCUGGAAGAGCUGGUGCGUCUACGAGAAGCCCAGCUGUCAGAGGCUGUGUCUCACAACAAAGCUCUUCAGCAGAGCCUAGCAGACCAUCACCUGUCCCACACACUGGAAAAAGAGCAGCUUGAGUACAUCAUCCUGGAACUACAGGACCAACUGACAGUGCUGAAGAACAAUGAUUUGCGGUCCAGACAAGAGUUGACAGCCCAUCUGACCAAUCAGUGGCCGUCUCCUGUCGCCUUGGAUGCCAACGCCGUUGCCUUGGACACGCUGCUGUACAGGAAGAGCACGGGACAGUGGGAGGAGAAGAGUUUCCAGAGUCUGGAGCAGCUGUCUGCAGACAUGAGCCUCUCCCAGACUUCUCUCGAACCGUCACACACACUGAGUCUGGAGGCCAGGCCGGCCGGCACGCACUGGCCCCACCAAGGUAAAGAGGAAACUCCAUCUUUAAGAGGUCUGUGUGGCUCCCUGACAUCUGUCGGCAGCUACAAGUCUCUGGCCAGCCUGAAGUCCAGCGAGUGUUUGGCCAGUCCUGCCACAGAGAUCAGCAGCCCGGGCAUCACUCCUUCAUAGGGAAUAGAGAGCUAAAAAAAAAAAAAAACCCAGACACCACCACAGCCAGACAAUCCAGGAACUUUGUAAAUGUUUGCGAUAUUGAUUUGCUGUUUGUAGACGUUUAUGUUCCGUAUGUGGAGUGCAGAGCUUUAACAGAUGGAGGUCAGGUUUGCAAGUUGUUGUAGUAUGUUCUUUAAAUUGUGUUAAAACUCAACUCCAUCAGGCUGAAUAAUGUCGUAUUAAUGUACCAUUCAGUUGAAACAAACCCCCGCCUCUUUAUAGAGGAUCUGCAGCUGUAACUUCAUCGAAAUGUUUAAAUUAUUUUGUUGGUGUUUAUCUGUGAAGCAUUAGUUUUUUUUUCUCCCUUUCGUGGUAAUAAAUAAAAAAAUAGAAAGUUGAUAUAAGAAUUACAAUGUCACGUUACAGUAUUGAGAAGACAGUGAUUAAGUGUUUUCACCCCUCUCGAAGAUGGUUUAUAGCAUGGAGAUUAUAGCAUGCUGAAAAUACUGACUGAUCAGAUCAGAGAUUAGAAGAUAACUCAAACAUGCUGUAAGCUUUGGUCAGUAUUUAGUCUCUCGUCACUGUGAAUUUAUUAUCUUCUGUGCUGUUAGUGCUGCCAUCUUAAAGUUGUUUUUUACACAUUGCCAUUUACUUUGAUUUAUGAUGUUGAUGGUUACGGACGGGACACUUUUGUCGGAUUAUGUCAUCAGAAUUUUGCAUAAUGUAAAUGUUCUUUCACCUUUCUUUUUUAUAAUCAUCUUAUGUAGUCAAUGUUGUGCAUAAAGCAGUAUCACAUGGUUUGGUUCUCAGGUAAUGAUCACUAUGAUUAAUAUUCACCCGUCAGUUAUGGGUUUACUUUAAAGUUUAGCUUUAUCAGACACAGACUAUUGUUAUUAUUCCCUUUAAAUAUUCAAAUGCAGUAUUUCAAUGGCUAGUUACCACAAGUAGAUCAUUCUUACCACUGAAUAAUGGUCUGUGUUAUCUUGAAACAGACAAAGAGAAACAA